AUGCCGCAAGCAGAUGGCGGUGACAUGAAAGAGAGAAGGACACGCCGUCGUAUGUCAGAAGAACAACUACAGUUACUCGAGGCCCUUUUUAGCGACACCACACAUCCGACCAGAGAAGUUAAGGAAACGCUUGCAGACCGUAUUGGCAUGGACUCUAAGAGCAUCACCAUCUGGUUUCAGAACAGACGCCAGACAGCAAGGAGAAAGAGCUCUCGGGCCUCGGACGUUGGCGAAGGCUUAUUGCAAGCAGACGUCCCAGGGAAGCCCAGUGCUGUACCAAAGGCUGAAGCUAAGGAUGCCAAACGUCCGGCGCUGGUGACGAUCGCUCAAGUGGACUCAAGCUGUCGUCCCAUAGCAUCUGUGGACCACAACAUGGUUUGCCAGGCUCCCCUCCCCUUAGAUGCAGUGGGAUCCGAUGGCCUGUCACUGGAGCAGUCUGCGAUGAUGACGAGUGUGUCUCCCGCAAUAAACCAAGCAUUGAGCGGUACUCCGAGCAAUGAUAGGGACAAAUCCGAUGCGCAGAACAUGAAACGCAAGAAACACGAUUUGGACUGGGCCUGCGAGCACGCAAGCAAACGUCGGCGAACAGGCGAGCCCGAUGCACCAGAGAAACUUGAUACGGACUUGGACCCGAAGAACAACGACGGUACAUACCGCCUAGCUCAGACGGAGCUGAAGGACGAGAUCAUCCUCGAUGGGAUUUCCGCGCAAUAUCGCGACGCUCUCCCGCCUGACAUCGUGCUUGGGAUCUCUCUGUUGUUCGGAUUCAAGUACUCUGGGGAUGUCACCAGUCGAUGA